CUUCGUUGCUGCCACAAAUAGACAUAUUUUUUCCGUUCUUCUUUUACCACAUAAUUGUGCCAAAAUGUUGACGCUGGGUGUGAAUUCAUAAAGGUGAAUUUGGACGAUGUUAAUAUGUAUUAUGUAUGGACUGCUAACGUUCAUUGUCAAGCUAAUUCAUGCUAGCACGCUGCCUGUCACCAACACGCAAACAACGAUGUGAUAAUCUUCUCUCUGGAAAGCAAACUUCAUGCUCGUACCAGUGCCUCUCCCAGUUGGACUCGCUCGCUGCCCGAGUGCACGCCUGGAUCAAUGCACCUCCCAGGCAGGAAGAGAAACACAGAGAGUAUGCCAACCGAGUCAAGCCUACCCGGUCCGGACGGGGCCAGCAGCAACUGUGCCAUCUGUGGAGACAAAGCCACGGGGAAACACUACGGCGCCUCCAGCUGUGACGGCUGUAAAGGCUUCUUCAGGCGCUCCAUACGGAAGAGCCACGUCUACACCUGCAGGUUCAGCAGACAGUGCGUCGUUGAUAAAGACAAGAGGAACCAGUGUCGCUUCUGCAGACUCCACAAAUGCUUCAGAGCUGGCAUGAAGAAAGAAGCCGUGCAGAACGAACGGGAUCGAAUCAGCUCCAGACGAAGUAUCCCCGACUCCCAAGACGUGCCGCCCAUCACUGUCCUGGCCCAGGCCGAAUCUCUGUCCCAACAGAUUAGUGUUCCCGUCGGAAUAGCAGACAUAACGGAGCAGAAAUCGGCCACUGUCGGGGACGUGUGUGAUUCUAUGAGACAGCAAUUACUGGUGCUGGUGGAAUGGGCAAAAUACAUCCCUUCUUUUGGAGAGCUCCCGCUGGAUGACCAGGUGAGCUUGCUCAGGGCUCAUGCAGGCGAGCACCUCCUGCUAGGAGUGGCCAAAAGGUCAAUGCCAUUCAAGGACUUCCUGCUUUUAGGGAAUGGCUGCGUGAUACACAGAAACAGCCCAGAGCCCGAGAUCUGCAGGGUGGCAAACCGAGUUCUGGAUGAGCUGGUGCAGCCUUUCCAGGAUAUUCAAAUCGAUGACUCCGAGUACGCGGCGCUCAAGGCCAUCGUCUUCUUUGACCCCGAUGCAAAGUCCUUGCGGGAUCCGUCAAAGAUCAAAGCCACGCGUCUGCAGGUCCAGAUGAGUCUGGAAGACUACAUUAACGACCGCCAGUAUGACUCGCGGGGUCGCUUCGGGGAGCUGUUACUCCUUCUGCCAACCUUGCAAAGCAUCACCUGGCAAAUGAUUGAGCAGCUCCAGUUCAUCAAGCUGUGCGGUUUGGCCAAGAUCGACAACUUGCUGCACGAGAUGCUGCUGGGAGGCUUGGCAUCCGAGGCCACGCAUUUCCACCAUCCAGCACACAGCCAGCUGACCCAGGACCCCGUAACUGGACACACGCUGCUCAUCAGCACCAUGCCUGUAACACACACUCCACACACAGCCUCUCCAGACACUCCCAUCCCAUCGCCUCCACAAGGGGGUCAAGCACCAGAGAUGUUCAAACACUUUCCUCAGCCCAGUCCUUCGCCUUCCACACAGGCAGACCACUGAUGCAGGAUCAGCGUCCUGUACGACAGCAGCAUCCUGUAGCCUCAACGUAGUGUAAGACAAAUGGAUGUACCAACUUAGACUGCUAGUUCAUUGGGUUUAUUUGGAAAAUAUCCAAUAAUAUUAUUAUGAAGUCAGACUGCCAAACUUCCAAAUUGUAUAUUUUUUAGGUUGCUGGUUGUUAGGAAGCUUAUUAUGGGGUGUUUUUUGUAUAGUACAGUAUGUAAAUAGUAGAGGGUGUAAAAUAAUGUUAAAUGCAUGUUGAUAUUUUAGGAUUUUUGUAUACUAGAACUCUA